AUGCCGAUCGUGGCCGCGCGCAAAAACCUGGACGACUCUCGAACGUGCCCGAUAUGCCGAGAGAUUUACAAAGCGCCGUUUAACGCCACGUGCGGGCACACGUUUUGCCACGACUGCGUGGUGGAACACUGCGGGAAAUUUUGGGAGCUUCAUCAUCAUCAUCAUCAUCAACAACAACAACAACAAAGUGCGGUUGGUACUAAUGCUGUUGGCCCCGCCGUUGGAGAGAAGAAGAAGAAGAAGAAGACGACGACGACUCAGACGAACGAGGAGGAAAAGGAGGAAAAGGAGGAAGACGAAGUAGAAAAAAAGGGGACAAAAACGACGACGAUGAUUCAGACGACGAAAGAUUUUGGGAAACUGGUGGACUUUUCCAACCCAGCGCCGUGUCCGAUUUGCAACGCGUCGAUUACUUCGUUAACGCCGAACGUGGCGCUGACGAAAGUUGUCGACGCGUUGGCACGGGUGGACGCGAUGACGAUGCAAAUCACGGAGGAACACUCGCCGAUGGAACCGCAGCAUUCGAAAAUUGCGCGAGCGGAGAAAGUCGUCUCCGCGUUGCAGCACAUGGACGAAGAACAGUUGGCGCCGAUCGUGAAAGCGCUGGUGGAGAAGCACGCGAGAGCUGUCGCCGAAGGCGAGGAGAAGAGAUUAGAGAUUUUGAGGGAUUUCUUCGACGAGGCGACGAGGAGAAAGAGGAUGAAGAUGGCGGAAGGGGAGAUGGAGAUGAAGUUUUUACGCACGGACAUAGAGAGGGUGGAGAAGUUGUUGAGAGAAGAGUUGAAGGUGUUAAAGAGGAGCUACACGGAGGCGGAAGGGAGAACAGGAGGAGGAGAAGAAGAAGAAGAAGAAGAAGAUGACGGUGAAGACGUGGCGGAUAUGCUUCGAUUUGUACCGCAACUGCCCGGGUACGAGGGAGAUGCGUGCGAUGAGGAUGAAGAGUUCGAAAGGAAAUAUCACGCUGGAUUAAGUUCGCUGUAUACCAAAGGUAUCAAAGAAAUUGAUGGCGUAAACAGUAGCAUGAGAGGAAGAGAGGAAGUCGACGACAACGACAACGACGACGACGAAGAAGAUGGCGGUGGAAAUCACCGCAUCGAACCGGCGAGUAUCGACGAGAAAAUGAACGAAGAACGGUUAGAAGAUUUCGCGCAAGCGCUGACGGACGCGAAACAAAAGUAUGGACGCGUGCGCAUCGUCGCAGAAAUAGUCAAACCGUCCUUAUCAAUGUCGUCCUUGUCGUUUAACAAUAAUUCUUUGAUGACCCAGUUUGGAGCGGUGAUGAACAACAACAGUAAUAACAAUAACAACAACAUCGUCAACAUCAUCAACAAUAACAACAACAACAACACUAUCGACACCAAUAACAACAACAACAUCAACAACGAAAAUAUCAACAAUAUCGAUAUCAUCAACACUUCACCGAUUCCACCGGUAAGCGAUAUUGUCUCUUCCAUUGACGUCUCCAUGGACCAAACUAUGUUUGCCACCGCGGGCGUUUCUAAACGCAUCGAGUUUUAUACCUUCACGGAUAUAUGCGACCGAACGGCGGCGAAUCAAAACGAAGAACGUCCGCGGAUUACGAGGGCGCAAAUCAAAGUUAAAUCGAAAAUAUCGUGCUUGUCUUUCUCUAGGAAACACGUCUCGCACAUCGCCGCGUCGGAUUACGAAGGUGUGGUGACCAUUUGGGACGCGGAAACCUCUCAAAGUAUUUUAAAAUUUGAAGAGCACGACAAGAGAUGUUGGACGGUUGAGUAUUGCAGAUGUGUAGAUAACAUGCACUUAAUCGCCUCUGGAAGCGACGACGGCGCGGUGAAGAUAUGGAGUGAGAGUGGUAUAAGUAUGGGAGGCGGAAAUCGAAGCGUCAUGGAAAUACAGAUGCGCGCAAACGUGUGUUGCAUCGCGUGGUCGCCGACGACCGCACACGAUAUCGCCAUCGGCUGUGCCGAUCAUAAAGUACGCGUGUACGAUUUACGACGUCCGCACGAGCCGUUAUAUACGCUCAGCUCGCAUAAAAAAGCGGUUUCCUACGUGAAAUAUAUCAGCAGUAGCGAGUUGUGUUCGGCGUCGACGGAUUCUAGCGUGUGCAUAUGGGACGUGAAGAAAACACACGAUCACAACGCGACUUUUGAUCCUUACAACAUCUAUCAUAACCAACAACAAUUCCAAGGUGAUGAUAAUGGCGUUCCUCUUCCCAAAAUGGAAACCAACAACGGCGCGGAUGGAGAAUCCGAUCUCGUCAGCAGCACUCGGCUGAUUCGCACCUUGACCGGUCACGUGAACAGGAAGAACUUUGUUGGAUUGGCGGCGUCGUCCGACGGAAAAUCCGUCGCUUGCGGCUCAGAGACGAACGAGUUAUUCGUGUACAAUAAGAACUUCUCCGCGCCUGUAGCCACGGUAUCGUUCGAUACUCCAGGGAAUGAUAUGAAAAGUUCCUCGAGAGAUCACAACUCUGGGAACCACUUCGUGAGCGCAGUUUGUUGGUCGGACGAGUCCACGCUCAUUUCCGCAAACAGUAAAGGACGAAUAAAAAUCGUAUCGCUUGGGAUGUGA